UACCAAGGGGUGUCAUUUAUCCUAUUUAAAGAGCACCGAUCCAGGCCUAUACCCAUCCCCCAAAGUGCCAACCUUUUGGACCCUUCCUUGCUCGCACCAUGCGUUUAACCUUCGUCGCACUCCUCAGUGUUCUCUUCCUAGCUGUUCGGGCUGCCCCCAUUCAAGAAAGAACUCCCGAUAACAUCGCUCGCGAGCCCGUUGGGGAAGACUCUGAGAGCUUCCGUCGAGAACCGGAGGCCGAACCUCUCACCCCCGUAUGGCGCUCUCGAGAAGCUGAGCCUGAGCCUUUCACUCCUGUAUGGCGUCGUGAAGUCGUUUAGUUCGACUCGAAAUGAAAUCGAGUUUCUUGUUCUUCCUUGUAGAAUCUUAGGAGGCCCCACUUUCAGUCAGGAAGCCCUCAAAAUGAUCGUGUCGUUGCAAAUCUUUACUGUGUUUUUUUUCGUUUACCUAUGAAUAUGUACCCCCUCAAACGUUUACUCUAUCUAUUUUUCUGGAAACGUACAAGGUCGAGUAGGAACUAUGUGUUCAGCAACGGAAAGGUUUUGUAACAAGUCUGUCGUACAAGUUGCCCACAACCACCA